UUUACUUCCCCUCUCUCCUCCUCCUCUCUAGUCUCUCGUCUCUCAGCCUUAUACUAUGCUUUACUGUCAUUUCUGUCAUGGCUUCAGAUAAUUCUUCAGGGGACGCAGAGAAAGCAGAGGAAGUUGGUGCAAGUAUACAGGGUGCCGUCCUCGAACCAGCCAUUGCACCUGCGCAUGGAAUAUCUCAGACCUGCUCCUCCCACUCCGAAGAGACUGAAGCUGCCCAUGAUGACGCUCGAGACUUGGAACAGUUGGCUGUGGUCUCGACUGGGCCUGUAUAUUCAGCUUUCAGUACAGCGCAGAAGCGGUUCAUUGUCGUGAUGGUUACCUGGGCCGCUUUCAUCUCUCCAACUUCAGCGAACAUAUACUUCCCGGCGUUGAAUCCCCUCGAAGUCGACUUAAACGUGUCAACUACGCUGAUCAACUUGACUCUUACGUCUUAUAUGGUCUUCCAAGGGCUCGCGCCCACAGUUUUCGGCGAUUUGGCUGAUAUGGCUGGGAGGCGGCCGGCAUACAUAAUCGCUUUUACAAUAUAUCUAGGCGCAAACAUUGGCUUGGCGCUGCAGAACAGUUAUGCUGCCCUUUUCGUUCUUCGAUGUAUGCAAAGUACAGGAAGUAGUGGAGCAAUUGCUUUGGGUUUUGGUGUUGUUGCAGAUAUUUCUACUAGCUCGGAACGAGGCAGUUAUAUGGGCAUGGUUGGGGCAGGGACAAUGAUGGGCCCAGCGCUGGGACCUGUAAUUGGUGGAAUCCUUGCCCAAUUUCUGGGCUGGCGGUCUAUCUUUUGGUUUCUGGUCAUCAUUGCGGGGUGUUUCCUGGUUUCCUUUGCUCUCACCGUUCCUGAAACUGGCCGCAAUGUGGUUGGAAAUGGUUCAGUGCCGCCACAAGGUUGGAACAUGACCGUUCUCGAGUGGCUUCAGCUGCAUAAGCAGGAGACAUCUGGGAACGGGCUGUCGAGAUCCCAUACUGCUGAAGGUCGUCGCCUUGCCCAGGCAGAACUGGCUCGAACGAGGAAGUUACGAUGGCCGAACCCGCUCAAGACUAUUCAUAUCGCCAUGGAGAAAGACAUGGCGGUUGUUCUCAUUUACAAUGCUUUGAUAUAUACCGCUUUCUACGACAUCAUGGCAUCCCUCCCAAAACUAUUCCAGGAUAUCUACCAUUUCAACGACCUUCAAAUCGGACUCUGCUACCUGCCAUUUGGGUGCGGCUGUGCUCUUGCAAGCUUCAUCAAUGGAAAGAUGCUGGAUCAUAAUUUCCGGCGAGUUGCUAAACAGAUUGGAUUUACAAUCGACCGGAAGCACGGAAAUGAUCUCAGGCACUUUCCUAUUGAACGGGCACGAUUGGAAAUCAUAUGGCCGUUGCUAGGCUUCGGUCUUGCCUGUGUCUUAUGCUAUGGAUGGGUCCUUGAGAAGAACGCGAAUCUUGCGGUACCACUCGUUCUUCAAUUCUUCAUUGGAUUGUGUGUCAACGGCGCAUUCAACAUACUGAGUACUUUGGUGGUAGAUCUGUACCCCCAAAGCCCUUCCACCGCAACGGCAGCAAAUAACUUGGUUCGAUGUUUUAUGGGCGCCGCUGGAACGGGUAUCAUUAACAUUAUGAUAGAUAACAUGGGAAGAGGGUGGUGCUUCACAUUUCUCGCGCUUGUGUGCAUUGCUGCGAUGCCUAUGUUGCUUGUUGAGCUCAAGUGGGGACCGAUCUGGAGGGAGGACAGAAGGGUUAGGAUGGAGAAGUACGCGGAAGAGAAGAAGAGGGCUGAAGAGAGGGCAGCCUCGAGUGAGAGCGGUACUGAUGGCGAGAUGACUGGGCAGUCCGCCAAUGAGGCGGCAAAGGAAAAGGUAUGAUUGCAUUGUGCGCAGCAUUACAUUUUUGUCAUUGCAUAUCUGGGUGUUUUGCAUGAUACCAGGGGGCAUAGAGUGCUAGUAUAGUUUGAAAGAGUCACCUUUCAGCCAGGAGCUUUCUUAUUUCUCCUCAAUGUCCUGCGUUAACCGGGUCACCUGUCUCAGCUGCAUCUGGGACUUGAGCUUGUGAAAGUAGUUUGUGCCCCCGACGGCGUGGCAUGUCCCGAUGCAGAAGGCCCAUUGUGGUUUCCAUUGAAAUCUGCAAGCUCGAUGGGAUCCUGAGCAGAGUAUGUGUGAGCAGGAGCCUUUGGCGGAAGUACAAUUUAUUUUUCUUGGGAAUUGUCAGACGACUCGACGACAAUGGGGGCUCCAAAAGCGUAAGAAGUCAUCUUGAACCAGACUGC